AUGACAAGUGUACCCCGUUUUCGCAACCUGAAUUCUGGACAAACUGCAACAAUAAAUGGCGCGGGGCGUUAUCGAAAAACAUUAAGUGGCUUGCCAGACAAAAGGUUUCGAUUAAAUACCGAAACAGAUAUUGACAAUUAUGCUAUACAGUUUAAAUCCAGGAUCCUCAAUGGAAUCAAUGGUUUUCACAUUAGCAUUGCGCCAGAAUUAUUGAAUAAAGCAGAUCCAAAUUACGGUAAAGACCUUUCUCCAAAGAAAAUAUACCCACAAGAAUAUGCUCUGAAAGAAGAUAUGGACAGAGCCAGCAUUUUAAGGAUCUUAACGCCAAAAUUGAAUAAUACUACAUCAAUUCUCGAAAAUUACGAAAAUAAAGAUAUAGAUGAACAACCAGCAAUCAACACGAAAAUAGAAUGUGAAAAAUUGAACACAGAUUUUGUGACACUUAACUUUUUUGAAAAUGACGAAGAACAAGAAACGCAUAGCAGAUCAAUAGCUUAA